AUGGACACUCCCAUUGAUACUGUCAAGGAAGCAAAGAGAAAUACGCAUACUUACAGUUUCUUCCGAGAGCCGUUGACCGCCUUAGAAGGUUUGAGUUCAUUGAUGACCGCUUUCUGCUUGAAGAGUUUCACGGAUGAUUAUGGGAAUAUUUUGACUUUGUUGGAAACCGUGGUUGAGACGCCUGCUUUGCAAACUUUGAUGCAAUUCUAUGAUCCUGAAAUGAGGUGUUUCACGUUCCAGGAUUACCAGUUGGCUCCGACAUUGGAAGAGUACUCUAUUAUUCUUAAUCUCAAGGUAAAAAGCGAAGUGCCAUUCAUCGACAUUCCUAAAGAGUUGAAUUUCAAGUUGAUUGCUGCUGCUCUUUAUUUGAGCAUAAAAGAAGUAUCUGAUAAUUGGAAGUCGAAUGGAGGUGUCUCGGGGUUCACUUUGAAGUUCUUGGUGAGAAAAGCUAAAGAGGAAUUUGAGAAAAAGAAUUGGAACGCGUACAAUGCAUUGCUUGCUGUGGCUAUUUACGGGAUUGUGAUGUUCCCAAAUGUUCCCAAUUUUGUAGACUCGGCCGCGGUACACAUCUUCAUGGGAAAGAAUCCUAUUCCUACUUUGUUGGCCGAUACUUACUAUGCCGUUCAUUCCCGAUAUGAGAAACGUGGCGGUGCUAUCACUUGUUGCCUUCAAUUGUUGUUCAUCUGGUUCCUCUCUUUGUUGCCCAGCAAAGGACCUUUUGUGAAGACAAGGGAGACACUUAAGUGGACCCACAGGAUUAUAGGUUGCAUCAAUUACAAUCCCGUGGUAUCCUUGCGUCAGUUGGGGUAUACGUUGAAAGACAAGCCGGCAUAUCACUUGAUAGCGGAGACAGUCUAUUUAGAGAAGGGGUCAGAUCCAGAAAAGUUGAAGGAGAUAAUUGUGGCUUGGAAGAAGAUCCGUAAGCAUAAUGGAGCCCAUUUAGGGAAGAAGGAAUCACUUGCUUUGACACCGUAUGUUGAAUGGAUUGUGAAACGGGUUGGAAACUUGUUGCUGCCAUAUGACAGGGUUGCACCACUUCAAAAGCAACCUCCUUUGAUUCUAUCUGAAUUUGUGCCAACAGAACUUUACAAGGAUGCUCUGGUUACCAACUACAGGUUGCAUGAAAGAGAGCAAGAGACCAAUUUGAAGUUCUUUGAAGAGAGAGAUGCAAAGAUGAGGUUGAUGCACCAGCUCAAGCAAGUCGAAGACGCAAGUUCAAGUCAAGCCAGUGCCCGGAGGCGUCCCAAUGAGUUGCUAGAGGAAGAUUUGUAUCAGAAGCAGCAAGAGUGUCUACAGUUACAGAGAUCAGAGAGUAGUCUCAAGAGGCAGAAGCGGGAUUCAGAUAAACAGCUAGCAGAAAAGAAGGCUUAG